ACGGGGGGAAAAAACAAAAGGUUGGCGCAGAUGGGCCCCACAAUUCUUCCUUUCUUUCUAAAUCCCCUCGGCGCCCCUGCUCUCCCCACAAGACUCCAAUCUUUGAUCUCUGUAUAAAGGACCCCCCCUCUCUCUCUCUCUCUGUCCAAAGUCUAAACACGCACCCUUCCUCUCUCCAUUUUUCCAAAGCGUAAUCAAUCUCUACUCUUUCGUUUCGAAAACCCUAAUCCAAAUGAUCGGAACCCUAAUCCUCCCUGCGGCAGCAUGCCUUCGAUUUUCUCCGGAAAACACCGUACAAUUCGUGGAGACAGCAGGAUCUAACCGUAAAAAGUCGAUUUCCGGCCGGAUUUCUUAUAAAUCAGCGAUUCACGCAGCCGUUGCCGAGGCGCCGGCUGUGGAGACUAGAAUGCCUCCUGCGAGCCUCUAUGACGUACUGAGAGUGAGGAGGAAUGCAUCGCCGAUUGAGAUAAAAAUGGCGUACCGGAGCUUGGCCAAGAUGUACCACCCUGAUUCGUCUCAUUCGGUGGAAUCGGACGGCCGCAAUUUCAUCGAGAUUCACAACGCAUACGCCACGCUUUCUGAUCCGGAGGCCAAGGCGGUUUACGACCUGAAGCUUAGUAUAGGUUCACGAGGGCCACCUGUUGGGUACCCGUAUCGAUCUGGGUACUACCCGACCCGAAGAUGGGAGACGGAUCAGUGUUGGUAGUGAAUAGGACAGGACCCAAAUAUAAUAUUGAUGUGGCCACGCCAAGGGUAGAGAACUCAUGUAAAUACUCAACUGUUGCUUCCUGUUUUUUUUUUGGGUGCAUCUGGUUUUUUUCUCCAUCAGGAAAUGAGUAUAUACAAAUCUUUUUUGUUUUUGUUUCCGAAUUCUUGUUUUUGAUGGGGAAUGUCAAAAAGCAUUCAGCAAGUGUGAAGGGAUUUUCACACUCGAUUCUUCGAUUCUUUAAAAGAAACCAUAUACAAUAUACAAAAA